UCUGAAAGUACCUCUCAUAUAGGUAUGUCGUCGAGAAGAAUCCAGUCCAAACCUAUCGCACUGUACAACUGCCAACUGUUCUCUUUUUUUGCUUUUCCACACCAGAAACCACCAGCAAAUCACCAUGCCUGAACCCCACCACGAGGACCCCGCUUCAGGCCCAAAGUCCACUCAGGAGAUCCCGCAGCCAAGGGAACAACAGCGACACAACCCGCUACUGAGGUGGACAACGGUAACCCUCCCCCCACCAAUUUUCUUCGUCCCGCUACUACUUCUCGCCGCCUUUUAUCUUCUCUUUUCUUCCUCUCCUCAAGUCCAACAGUCUUGUUCACUUCAGCACAUCCCGCCAGUCCAACCAGUAUCCUAUACCCAUCCUUCCACUCCAAAAACAGUCGCCAUGGCUUCCACCGAGCAGACCUUCAUUGCCAUCAAGCCUGAUGGUGUCCAGCGUGGCCUGAUCGGCCCCAUCAUCAGCCGCUUCGAGAGCCGUGGCUUCAAGCUCGUCGCUAUCAAGCUCACCCAGCCCGGAAAGGAGCACCUCGAGGCCCACUACGCCGACCUCAAGGGCAAGGGCUUCUUCGAUGGCCUCAUCAGCUACAUGAACUCUGGCCCCAUCUGCGCCAUGGUCUGGGAGGGCCGUGAUGCUGUCAAGACUGGCCGCACCAUCCUCGGUGCCACCAACCCUCUUGCCUCUGCCCCUGGCACCAUCCGUGGCGACUACGCCAUCGAUGUCGGCCGCAACGUCUGCCACGGCUCCGACUCCGUCGAGAACGCCAAGAAGGAGAUUGCCCUCUGGUUCAAGGAUGGUGAGGCCGUCUCCUACAAGGCUUCCCAGUUCGACUGGAUCUACGAGAAGGAGUAAACUGUCUUUUAUGACAAUAUGACAGAGCUCUGAAGCAGCUGUAAGGCUUUACAGUCACUGUACCGUUGAAUAGGUUGCAACAGGGUAAAAAAUAAAAAAAUAAAUUGCUGAACUUGGUUUCUUCGCG